CUUUCUCUCUCACACACAGUAGACAUAUAAAAGUGCAGUAGAUAUUCUUUGGGGAUUUCACAGUUGAUAGAAGCCCACUAUUAGGUGCUUUAUUAGCAUGGGAAACAUAUGAAAUAAACAAUCACAAACCACUCUCCCUCUCAUCAGUCUAAUAUCCCAGUCAUGGAGGAGGGAUACAGAAUUGACCUGGACUACAUCACGGAGCGCAUCAUCACCGUAUCCUUCCCCCAGGCAUGCCCAGACCAGACCUACCUCCAGAACCUGCAUGACAUCACACAAAUGCUCAAAUCCAAACAUGGCCACAACUACAUGGUGAUCAACCUCUCAGAGAAGAAUGAUAGCCUCACCCAGAUGAACCCCAAGGUGUUGGACACGGGCUGGCUAGACCUGCUGGCCCCGUCCAUGGAACAGAUGUAUGGUGUGUGUAAGAUCAUGGAUAACUGGCUCCACUCACACACACAGCAUGUUCUGGUCAUGCACUGUCAGGGUGGUCAAGGCAGAGUCGGGGUGAUGGUGGCCUCCUACAUCCACUUCAGCAGCAUAUCAACCAGUGCAGACCUGGGUCUAGACCACUUUGCCAUGAGAAGAUUCUACAACAACAGAGUAUCUUCCCUGAUGAAUCCCUCGCAGAAACGGUAUGUGUGGAUGUUCAGCAGUCUGCUGAGGGGAGUUAUGAACAUGGAUCCCUCUCCUCUCUUCCUCCUUUGUGUGGUUCUUCACGGCGUGCCCAACAUCAAUUCUGAGGGAGGAUGUCGUCUGUUCCUGAGAGUGUACCAGAGCCUGCAGGUCGUCUGUACUUCAGCAGUCUAUCACGUGCGAGCAGUCCAGACAGACAGGGUUUACUUUGUGCUGCAACCAGCUCAACUGCUGAAGGGAGACAUAAUGGUGGUGUGUUAUAAUAAAAACCACCAGACAGCCAGCCGAGAGGUCAUCUUCAGGCUCCAGCUUCACACUGGCAUUAUCCACGGUCGCCCCCUGCUUUUCCCCAAGGAAGACCUCGACACAGCUUAUAUAGAUCCCAGGUUUCCAGACGAUGGGAAAGUUGAGUUGGUGUUCUCUGAAAGUCCUGAGAAGAUGCCAGGCAGUGGUCACUGGCAAAACGGACCCUCUGUCAUCGUGGACUACGAUUCCUGGGACCCCCUGGUUCGACGGGACUCCUAUGAGAACAUCUCUCCUGAAGGACUAGCUCUUCCUCGUAGCCCGGGCCCUGUUGAUGGCAACCUAUCCGCCAGAGUAAGGAAGGGAAGUAGUGACAAAGGAGCUCCGUUUCACCUGGCAACCAGCUGCCCUAUCCCCAGUGACCUUAAACUGUCAGCCAGCAAAGACUCAGGCCUCUCUAUCGCCUCCCAGAGGACCGGAGGUAUUACUGCAGUGAGCCCCAAGAGAGGGCCCAGUCAGGACGAACUUACCCAGCUCAGGCGGCUUCUAUCUGGGGUCGGCCUGGAACCUCAUCUGGAGGAUAUAACUGACCUCCCAGCCUCCUGUAACGCAGCGAGGGAGAUGGAGGGGGAUGAAGCUGGGUUAGGGCAGCCUGUGAAGGCCUCUCCUAGCGAGAGGGAGUCAGACAUCCUUUAUGAUGACAAGGUUAGCCCCGAGGCUAGCAUUGGCUCGUUCUCCUCUGAGAGCAUACCUGAAGCCCAGGGAUUGGUCCAGAGUGGAAGUGGAUACUCCACCCCCUCCACCCAAUCAUGGGUGCAGCAGCAGCAGAUAGUCGUCAGGGGGCAGGACAGCCCUGUGGAUACACUUUCUCUGAUUGGUCCAAACACCUUGUCACUUCCAGACAUGCCCAAUGGGGGGAGCAGCAGCAGAGAGUCGGUGAAGAGAGGAGUGGAGGGAGGGGUGGGGUCGCCUGUACAGACAGACAGUCACACACACGCCUCACACACCACCCAUACACCGUUGCCCUCAGGGGAACCUUGCGGGCAGGAGGAGCUUGCCUCUUUAGCCACAGACAUUGAUGAGUCCAUCGAGCAGCUUAACCAGCUGAUCCUAGAUCUGGACCCCACCUUCAUACCUGUUCCCACCCGACACACCCCCCUCCCCCUUGCUCUCUCCACCUCCCUCUACACCAAUGGUAACAACCAUACGACGACACAUGCCAACGCCAGCCAAUCAGGCUGGAAGCACAGACAGGACAGUGAUGUCACUGAUUACCCAGGAUUCUACAGUCCUGGUUGGGGCGGAGCCCAGACAUUCCAGAACGCUCCGAUCUACAGGCCCAACCUAUCUCCCUCCCAGUGUGGUCGUCUCUCCAGGGUGGACAGUGUGGACUAUGAAGGACAGACUCCAGUAACGGACAGCUGUGACAUAGUCCCGUCCACACCAGCAUUUCCUAUCUCUCCUCCAACGCCCUAUGUGAAACAUUUCCCAGUAUUCUCUUACUUGAGGCAAGGAGAAGGACAUUGGGAGAAGAGCGGAAUAUCACAAGAUUCCCAGAGUUUCCUGGACAGUUGUAUGAACCAGACUCCAGUGUCGUCGGAAGGACAGCAGUUCCGCUCUGAAAUGUCUGUCACUACCGCCUCCUGUCAGAGAAUGUUCGGAUCCAUGCGCUCUGUAUCGUCAGGCAGCUCCUUUCCACACACAGACAGCCAAACUCCACCUCCAGUGUGGCUGGACAGGACUCCUACGUCACUGUCUUCCCCGUCCCCUUCCCCCUCUCUGUCACCCCUCAGCCUCCCCAAAGCCCACAGCUCUCCCUGGGAGGCCCCGAGGGGCCUGGAGGGGUCUGUGGACCUGAGCCGUGAUGAGAGGAGCAAGGGGUACCAGAGCCAGGGGGAUUUAGCCUCUCUGCUGCUGGGGAAUGGAGGUCUGGGACUGGAGCACAGCCUGUUGAAGGCAGUGGAGGGGCUGGGGGGCCUUGAUUUAGGCCUGAACCUGGGUCUGGACCUGGGGCUUGGAGAGGGCAGACUGGGGGGACUACCACCCCUGCUGCCUGAGAAGAGGGUACCGGGGAUAGGCUUGGGUGGGUCGACGUCCCCCUCGUUCAGUGGGUUCUCCAGCCCACACAGUGGUAGUAGUCUCAGCAUCCCCUUCCCCUCAGCUAUGACCCCUGACCCUCUCAUGACCUCUGACCAUCUCAAAGGACUCAGCGCUGGUGGUGUAGCCCCCUCGCCUGGAUCAGACCUGUUUGCCAGUAAGCAGCACACUGUGAAGUUUGUUCAGGACACAUCCAAGUUCUGGUACAAGCCUGACAUCUCCAGAGAUCAAGCUAUCACUAUGCUGAAGGACAGAGAACCUGGAUCUUUUGUCGUCAGGGACAGUCACUCGUUCCGCGGAGCCUACGGAUUGGCUAUGAAGGUGGCCACACCCCCUCCCUCUGUCCUGACACAGAGCAAGAAAGUGGGAGGGGACCUGUCUAAUGAGCUGGUGAGGCACUUUCUGAUUGAGUGCACUCAGAAAGGGGUACGGCUUAAGGGCUGUCCCAACGAACCCUACUUUGGAAGUCUGACUGCAUUGGUCUGUCAACAUUCCAUCACCCCCUUGGCCCUGCCCUGCAAACUCAUCAUCCCCGACAGAGAUCCUCUGGAAGAGACUAGUGAGCCAUCAACACAGUCAGCCACCAACUCUGCUGCUGAGCUACUCAAACAGGGAGCAGCCUGUAAUGUGUGGUUCCUGGGCUCAGUAGAGCUGGAGUCUCUAACAGGGUACCAGGCUGUGCAGAAGGCAGCCAGCCUGAUUCUGGCCAUGGACCCUCCUUCUACCUCCACUGUGGUCCACUUCAAAGUCUCCGCCCAGGGCAUCACCCUCACCGACAACCAGAGGAAGCUGUUCUUCAGGAGACACUACACUGUCAAUACAGUCAUAUUCUGUGCUCUUGACCCACAGGAACGCAAGUGGACAAGAGAUGGCUGUUCCUCUGCUAAGAUCUUUGGUUUUGUGGCGAGGAAGUCGAUGAAUGGGACGGAGAACGUGUGUCACCUGUUUGCAGAACACGACCCCGAACAACCCGCCAGCGCCAUCGUAAACUUUGUCUCCAAGGUGAUGAUUGGCUCACCGAAGAAAUAACACAUGCAUAAAUACACACACACACACACACACACACACACACACACACACACACACACACACACACACACACACAUACAUUGUUUGUCCUGCUGGUACAUACAGCACUCGAAUGCUGAUGUGGAAGAGAAGGACUAGUGUGUUGCAUUAUGGGAUACUACCUGCAGAAGACAGUAGCAACAACUUUACGCUACACACCAGGGGCCUCAUUUAUUGACAUUGCAUAUACACAAAAUUUGCCCCAAAAUCUGCAUUGCACCAGUUUUCAACAAAAGUUAUCCCGCAAACUUUAGAACAUGCACAUGCACAUCUGCUAGUGGUUGAAAUAUUGUAUUACAAGCUGGAAAGUAAGGAGUUUGUAACGGUCUGUUGACAGGUUCACAGCAAUUUGCUAGUGUUUUCUCUUUCAGAAACGGACUGACAGUCCUUUUCCAGAUACACCAUAAAUUACAGCAAAAGAUUAAAACAUCAUGCCAACACAGUAAAUAGACUGGUAGUUUAUGUAAAUGGGUAUAUGGGUUUAGGUUACUGUAUUGCUGUGUGAUAGGAGCGCGACAUCAUUGCGUAUUUAAUCUCAGAGCCUAUACCAAGGCAGGACAUAGAAACACAAUAAUCUAUUGACAAACUAAAUAUUGAGCAACAAUUCUUGUUUUGCAUUCUGUGGCCUAAUGCCAAUCGUUCCAAAUUAUACCUUAACUAAUGGGUGUUAUGGUCACCCUAAAGGGUGGAUGGAGGGCGUUUUUCAGGCAGUUUUAAUACUCGUUCACACACAGUUGUAAAACUGUGCCUGCGCCAAAUUGAUAAAUGUCAAUAUUUCUGUACAUGUAUUUCCAAUACUUUUCAGAAAUGGGUCACGCAGACAUCUAGUGUGAAUGUAUGCAAUGGUUAUACAUGAGGCCCCAGAGGUGUACUGUAGGGUGAUGUUGCCCCCUAGACACAGAUCUUGGGUCAGUUUAGCAUUUCCCCCACUAAUGGUUAGGAUUGGGGGAAGGGAAAUCUGAUCUGAUCCUUUAUCUGUUACUAGGAUAAGCUUUACCCUGAAGCACAUUGAGGACUUAAAAAAAUACUUUAUUAAUAGAACUUUUUGUUAUCAGAGGAGGCUGAUGGGCAGAGAUCAUUGUAAUGGCUGGAAUGGACAGGUAUCAAACACAUCAAACACAUGGUUUCAUUACAAUGAGCCCGUCCUCCUUUAUCUCCGCCCAACAGCCACCACUGCUGUUUGUGUAUAUAUAGUCAGGAUGUCAUUGUAAAGGGAGGUAAUCUGUCAUAUAUGACAUGUAUUUUUAAUUCAGACAUGUUUUUAACAAAUGUAUUUGCUGAAAUGUAAUCUAUAUGAUAUUGUCCCUCUAAUCACACAGCAUUACUAGUCUGUCUCUACCUGCCAUGCAGAGUAAAAGGCUCUCAACAAAGAACAUGGUCACUUUUAAUCACUUCAGCCAAUCCCUUCAAAGUCAUAUUAUCAAUGAAACACUAUACACUUUACAAUCCAGUGCUUGACUUGAUGCGUAACACACCAAUAUAAACAGUACCGGCACCUAAAAUUAGUUCCGGCACCUACUUCAGGCCAAGUCAUGCACUGCUACUACUUUCUUUAGAAGCUUUUCAUAUAGAUACUGUAUACUGUACUUUUCCUCUGUAAGCCAUUAGUAUCAACCUGUAAGCCAUUAGUAUCAACCUUUAAGCCAUUAGUAUCAACCUGUAAGCCACUAGUAUCAACUGACAGUUUUUUUCAAUCACUUUGGUGCUAUUUUCACAAGCAUGUGGGGAAUUUCCUAAUUUCUUAGUUCUACCUGAUCAUUAAGUACACACACCUUGUGUCCCAACCAUUUUAGAAUCUAUAGGUUUACCACAUUAAGAGAUUAUCAAUUACGAGUAAUAGGUAAAUGUAUUUUAACAAAUGAGAAGACAAUCAUAUCAAAAGUAAUGUGAGGAUUGCAUUGUGAAAUGCAAUGACUUUAUAUGAACAGGUAUUGCAAUGUGAAACAUUUAUUUCUAGAUGAAACACUGAUUAAGUUUGGUGAAAAAUGACAAUGAUUUUACGUGUUGUAUUUAGUCAAUUGAAAAUGUGCUUAGCAUUAUGAAACACUGCCUUUUUGGUGAUCUGUUUUGAGUUUUGUACUAAAUGUUCCACAUGCUUGUGAAAAUUGCACCUAAGUCAUUGAAAAAAACCUGUAAUAGUGUUCAACCCCGCCAGGGAAUAGCACCAUAUCACACAGGUGUAGGAUCUGCAAACUUGUAGUGUAUUCGAGAUUCAAAAAUGCUUCUAAAGUUUUUAAUGUCUACUUGAUUUGCCCUAACUAAAAAUGUAUCAACCCCUACAAAAAUGUGCAGCAUUAAUUAUAAUCCACAUAAUAAUGCACAUUUCCUGUUGCUGCAGGAUUCUUUUCCUGCUGUGAGAAACUGCUCCAAUGAGUUCGUGGUGAUUCUACGUUCAUGUUGAAUCACCUCUGUUUGAUGACACCCAAUAGACGAUCUUCUGGCCACAGCCAACAUGUGUUAUUAUUGUUUCUUCCAACCUAGACAAAAACUCAUAUCUGUUGUCCCUUUAAAUACAUUUCAAAACAUUUGGAAAUAUAAUAUGACGCAUUAUGUUUGAAAGAAGAAUAACUCUGAGAAGACAUGCAACAUGCAACAUGGUGAUGUGUUGCUCUUGAGAUGAGUGUUGUAGCCAUGGUAAGUAUGUGAGGAACACUGCAUCCCCCCAAAUGGCAACCUAUUCCCUAUACUGUAUAGUGCACUAAACACACUGGACACAGAUGUCAGUUUAACGUCUAAUUGUAACGGUGUCAUUAGAUUCAGGUUAAAAGUUGUAUAAGAAAAGAGCUUUGGUGUAUCCGUUCAAUACCAAGCAGUUUUACAUGUUGAGUCGACGUCAUCACAUUUAUUUAUUUUGUUGAAAUGAAUUAGAAACAAUGUUGAUUAAAACAGUUUGUGCCCAGUGGGAAGUAGUGCUCCUCUGGUCAGAGGUAGUGCACUAUAUAGGGAAUCAGGUGGCGGUUGGGAUGCAGGCUAGUGCUAACCGAAGUCUUUUACUUGUCAUUCUGUUGUAGAGUUGAUGGGCUUGGUAGGGAACACUUUUUCAUACUCACAUGUUUCUGUGAUCCAUGUCUCCUACUUUUGCCCCCAAAGCAUAACUUGGGCACUCAAUUGUAAAAAUGUGUAAAUGAAUGUUGUAUAGUUGGUACUGUAACAUUAUCCUCACUAACUCACUUUUUGGAAAAUAAAAAAACAACAGUUAAUGUAUUACAUAUAUACAUUCAUCAUA